AUGUCUACUUCGAGUUCAUCAAGUGAUUCAGAUAGUGGUAGCGAUUUUCAGGGGACAUGGACAGUUAGAGAAGACUUCAUUGAAAAGGCAAUUAAAGCUGAAUUAAAAAAAUUUAAGGUACAAAGGUUAACUAUAACCUUUGAUAAGACUACUCCUCAAUAUGUAAGGAUACAUAAGAAGAUGUUUUAUUACACACUUUAUGUGUCUGUUGGAAUUACUAUAUCUCCAUCCAUUCUUCUUUGGAAAGAUGUUCCUCAAACUGAUAUUACAUCCAUUCUCGAUAGAUUAGAGACCAAAUUUAUUUAUCCACGUGAUAAUCCUAUUGUUAUGGAUGAAAUCGAAGCACUUAUGAGAAAGGCAUUACACGAUAGGAGAAAUGAGAUGAAAGUAUGGUGGAUGAAAAAUGUUGUCGAGUUGGGUUUGGAGAAAGCUAAUAGAAAACCUUACAUGGGAGUUAUGAUGGGUGAUUGGAUUCCCUUGACUCAUUUUUUCAAUUCUAAUCAACCACAAAAGAAUGAGAUGGCGAGUCACAAACGAGCAUUCCAAUUAGUAUCUACUGCUGAAUCUGGUGCUUCUUGUAAAGGUGGUAAUGAAGCCAUUGGUGAAAAAAGAGCUAUUGAUUUAUCAGGUCAAAAAGAUUUAGUAAAAGAUUUAAAAGGUUCUCGUGAGUCAUAUCAAGAUCUUCGUGAGAGAUCUAAAGCCAUGUACUCAUUCACUCUAACUAUGUAUCAACAUAUGCAACAACUUACUAAGUUUGUACCAGGAUUUAAGUUUGAACUUCCUCCUCCUCCACCACCACUACCUGAUUCACCUGAUAAUACAGCAAAAAGAAAAAAAACCCAUUCACCUGAUUCAAGUGAUUCUUCUUCUGAUGAAGAUGAUGAAGAUCCCUCAGUUAAUGACAUAUAGGUUUUGUAUUAUAUUAUUAUGGUAUGUUUGUUUGUAGAAACUCUUAGAAACUUAUUGUUAUGUUUGUAGAAUUAAUGAUUGGAACAAGUUUUAUUUUGGGUGUUGUAAACUUGUAAUAUUUGUAUGACUUAGAGAAUUAUAGCCCCUUUAAAAUGGCUAUAUAGUAAUGUG